AAAAGCAGCGACUCUGGCAGUGUGUUUCGCUUCACGACUCCGUGUAGACCGUACACAUAGUACACAUAUAUAUGCAACCUAAAUGUUAUCGUACGCAUCCUCUCUCUUUUUCGAUCGUAAUAGGCAGCGUUGAAUAGCGGACCACAUAGUGUGUGUGUGUGUUUUUUUUUCGUGACUGGCGAGCGCGAGGAGGAGAGCGUGGACUGUGCAUGUCAGUCAGUGUGCGCCCGCGUUGUGUGUGUCUCACUCUCUCUUGUAUUAUAAUAUAUCCGAUGUAGCCAAGUGGUGUGCUAUAAUGUUAUGUUUUAUUCGCCUCUGAACGUGUCUCUAUCUUCUUUCGGUAUGCGUCAUCGAGAGACAUGAGCUGCCACUGCUCGUCGUCGUCGUCGUACGCUGUUGAACUUCUCUGCUGCUGCUGCUGCUGUGCUGCUACUACUACUACUCGCCGUGUGGGUGCUACUACUACACAAACAACCAAGUUUUAAUGCAUAAUUAUAUUAAUGCAAGUUGAAUAGUGCGUUGAAAAAUCGUGGUGCAAAGUGUUUGUAAUAAUAUCAACGCGAAUGUGUGCUACUGCUGCUUAUGCUGCUUAUGCUGCCGCGUUAUGGUCAAGCUCAAUGACGAUCUGAGAAGAGUCGCGUCGUUAUCAGCCAGCGGAACGACGACAUUCGCUCCAAAAAUGCCAGGGUCCACUCCACGCGCUUAUCAUCGUCGUCGAUGACCACUUGAGAGCAAAAAAACCCGCAGAGACACACCAAAAAAAUUUCGAUCCGUCCGAAGAAAUCGAUCUUAUUGUACCAAGAACGUAUAUAAUCUAAGGUGAUAAUCCCUUCGUCUUCCUUCCGCCAAUCAUCAACAAAAAAAGAAAAGAAGAAAAAUGAGCUCGGUGUGGAAGAGACUGCAGCGGGUCAACAAGCGCGCGGCCAAGUUUCAAUUCACGGUCUCGUAUCACGAGGCCGCGCUCGAAACCACCACCAAAUGGAAACCGAACAAAUUGAGCAUAGUGUGGACGCGACGAAGUCGGCGCGUGAGCACGGAGCCGCUGGAAUGGGAGCCGAGCCUGAGCGAUCCCCUCAAGGGCACGAUCAGCUGGCCGGUGCCGGACAAUCAUUCCGUGUCGAUAACCCUUUUCAAGGACCCGAGGACCCACGAGCUCGAGGACAAGGACUGGACCUUCGUCAUCGAGGAUAUCGCGACGACGGGCAAGCGGCGCACGGUGGCCGCGGCCAACGUCAACAUGAAAAAGUACGCGACCCUGGAAUCUAGUCAACAGCCGCUCAAGCUGGAACUGAAGCCGACGUCGAAGAAGAUCGUGAGCGCGAGCCUCGACUGCACCAUGUCGUGCGUCUUUCUGCGCGAGGGCAAGGCCACCGACGAGGACAUGCAGAGUAUGGCCAGUCUGAUGUCCGUCAACAACAACAGCGACAUCGCGCCCCUCGACGACUUCGACAACGAGGACAUACCCGAGGACAACGAGGAGGUGUCGAUAAGGAACAUCGACGAGAUACUGGACAUAACCGCGGAGCUGGAGCUGAUGACGAGCAGCCUCACCGGAAGCGAAAUACCCAGCACACCGAUAAGCGUGGCGAGUCUGUCGAAGGACGAGACCACUCCCAUAAUCGAGGACCAGAGGCAGUUUCCGCGCGACAUCAGCUUCGCGAGGGACAGAGUGGACACCAUCGUCGAUCGGCCUUACGCGAUCCAUAACGACUCGAUGCAAAACGAUAAAAAUAGCGAACGCACGAGCAACGUGGACAGGCUGCUGCUGAGGCCGUUGGACCUGAAAAAACCUACGGCGACGUCGACGACGACGACGGCGGGAUCGGCCACGGGAGCGCCGAACAAUCAUCAUCAGCGCAUGCGGGACAUCACGCCGGGCCAGGAUCUGCUCGAGUGGUGCAAGGAGGUGACCAAGGAUUAUCAGGGCGUGAAAGUGACGAAUCUGACGACGUCGUGGCGCAACGGCAUGGCUUUCUGCGCCGUGAUCCAUCACUUCAGGCCGGAUCUCAUUGACAUUGACUCUCUGCUGCCGCACGACGUCAAGGGCAACUGCAAGCGAGCCUUCGACGCCGGCGAGGCGCUCGGAAUUCCGCGCGUUAUCGAGCCGGCCGAUAUGGACAUUCUUAAGGUGCCGGAUAAGCUCGCCGUCAUGACAUAUCUCUACCAGUUGCGUGCUCACUUUACGGGUCACGAGCUCGAGGUGCAUCAAAUUGGUAAAACUACCGACGAGUCGUCCUACAUGAUAGGCCGAUUCAACACCGACAAUAAUUCAGACGUCAGUAAUCAAUUGUUCGGACAAGAAAUUAUCAAUAUGAAGAAAGAGCAGAGAAACAAUAAGAAUGAAGUUUACAGAAGAUCGAAUCCACUUGACAAUAUAAAAGGGGAAACGAAUAUGGAGUCAUUAAGGAAUAAGUUACAUUUAAGUUUGAGUUUCGAUCAUCAAGACGACCAAUUCAAUAAAGAUAAAUCGCCGACCAGUGUCAAAGACGUCAAGGACAUGAUUCUUCAAAAUUCGAAAAACAUCCUCGGAAAAGUUCUGUCGCCCACCAAAGAAAAGUUCUCCCGAGAAAAUUCUCUGCGUGAUAGGAGUAAGUCCCCGACGCCGCAGGCGCCCCAGCAGACGCUGCAGGCGUCGAAAAAUAAAGUCGUGUCGCGACAACAGUUGUCCGAGCCCUUCGGCACGGACGACGAGGAGGACGAGAGUAGCCACACCGACGAGGAGAAGAUCUCGAAUUCAACCGUUAUUGCCCAAACACCCGAGUCCGUCCAUUCGGCUGAUCGUGGCAGCCGAGCCAGUUCCGAGUGUCGAGGCGUAUCACCCUCGCAACAGCAGGAUGACCAGCAGCAGCAAGAGCAAUCUCAACAACAAAAGCAACGAGCGCAACAACAAAAGCGCCGGGAAGAACGUUGCAGAAAACUCCUAGAACAAGUAAAAACCCGGAGGACCGGUGUAGGCCGCUCCUUCCUCUCUGCCACAAGUCCUGUUAAGAAUCAAAACGAUGCGGAGCGUCAGCAGCAGCUGCACGAGCGAGCGCGCAAAUUACUCGCCGAGGCCCGAAGGAGCGCCUCGCUCAACAACAGUCUCAACGGCACCGACGACAACAGCUCCUCGGAUCAUCAACGGUCCAACGACGAGCUCAACAACACGAACAGUCCGAGGCGCAGCAUAACGCCGUCGACGCCCGACGAUCGUAUCAGUAUUAAAUCCGAGUACAAUGGCAAUAUCGUGAAUCGUUCCAUGUCACCUGGCGGUGAGAAAAAAUUGGGCUCUCCUCUGCAUUCGUUUUCGAAAAUCAUGGAAAGGAUCUCUCCGGAAAAGAGUCCUGACGGAGGACCGUACUUCAGAAGAGGAUUGGGAAAAGACAUGUCGUCGUACAUACAAAACGAGCUAGAAGCCCUUGAACGAGAACAAAGCCAAAUAGACGUGCAGGCGGCUAAGCUCGAGAAACAAUUGAGAGCGGCUAUGGAAAGCGACAAUGAGGAAGAAACAGAAAGGCUGAUGGCACUGUGGUUCACUCUCGUCAACAAGAAAAAUGCUUUGCUCAGACGGCAGAUGCAGCUCAAUAUUUUAGAAAAAGAAGACGAUCUGGAGAGGAAAUUCGAACUAUUGAAUCGCGAGUUAAGAACCAUACUUGCGGUCGAAGACUGGCAAAAAACUCAAGAUCAAAAAGUUCGGGAAAAUUUAUUGCUCGAGGAGUUAGUCUCGAUCGUUAAUAAAAGAGACGAGCUCGUGCAUCACCUUGAUUCGCAAGAAAGAGCAAUCGAAGACGAUGACGAAAUAGAACGCGAACUGUCCACUGCCGGAUUAACGCGAGAGAACCAGAAAUGUUCCAUUCAAUGAGUGAUCGUCGUAGCAAUGGGUUUUUUACCUCGAAAUCAGGAUAUAUCUUAAAAUUGCUUUAGAUUUGCCAAAGAAAAUGACAUUAAGCUUGAACAUUGAUGUUAAUGCAAUAGAUUGGUGUUCGUGCGCGCAGUGAUAAUACGCUUUUUUUCGAAAAAAAAAAAUGAUAAGGAGAUAGAAUGCAUAUUUCGAAGACGUCACGUGAAGAAUGAAAAGAAAAUUGCACGUUGUGAACAAUUCUUUCUACAUUAGAAUUUAACACCGCACUUUUAUAUCUUCGUAUUUGCAAAAUAUUAAGAUUUAGAUUUCAAUUGAGCCGUUUGUAUAAAAACACUUGAAGGCAUGAGAAGUUGCGAUAAAUGUGAUUUUUGUUCAUCACGCAGAGAAGUGCGCACUCAUUUAUUAUUUACGAUCGAAAUUCAGUCACACAUUACUCGGUUCUUCGUCGAGAAAUCAACGACUCGAGCUGUAUUGCGAGCGUAAUUUCUGCAAUAAGCUAUUAUCUGUUCAUAGCGUAAUUUCAUAGUUUCGUCUUCGUCAACUUGCAUACUCGACAUUGUGCCAUAUAGAUUCUAUAUAUAUACAUUUACAUACGCGAGUAUAUUUAUGUACGUACGUAUGAAAUACGAGUAAUUCGUGUACUCGUAGCGUGUAACGUGUACGUGUGUUUUAUCGAUUCCGUAUAUGUAUAAGCUCAUAUGUAUACACACAUUGCGCUGCCGUUCAUCGUUCUAUUCAAAUUUUUGAUGCAAGACGUUGCAAUGAUAAUAUAAAUUUAACGUAAAUUCGUCACUCGUGUGGUCGAAGCUAGAGAGCAAAGUUCAAUGAAUAUUAUAUUUUUUACUACUGGUUUCAUACUCAAUCACUAAGCUUAGUAAAUAUUAUUUUAUUUUGUAUCAUGUUAAUCCAUCUCGUAUUACGAGCAUGUAUCAUUUAUGUCCAAGAACACCUUGAUGUAAAGAAAUGAAUUUUUUUUUCUUUUUUAGUUCAAAUAUCAGUGCAUUGUGUUAUAUUUUAGGAAACGUUGAUAAAACAACUAGGUAGAAUAUUUCGUUGUGUUAAAUUCUGCUUACCGGGCAAACUAUAACUUGUUCAAGUAUAAUUUGUGAAUAAUUUAAGAGUCUGUGUAUAAAUACUUUUAAGUAGUGGCUUUGGAAAAUUAUUAAUAGUUAAAUUUUUGUUACAUUAUCCGUGUGACACUUUUGAUUCAUAAUAUCAAUGUCACCGGAAUUAGUAUUAUUUCAGUUAGGUAUUCAACUAAUUAAAAUGAUAAUUUUUUUUGUUGAGAAAAUUAAAAAGAAAAAAAACAAACUAUUAUUUAUAAAGUUUAACAU